GACACUCAGGAAACCCUUUUAUCCCUUGGCCUGCCAACCUCAUCCACGCUUCGUUUUUCCCAUGGCGAGCUUCUGUCCGACGCAGCUUUUGUUCCCCUCACAGCAGAACUCGAGCAGAUGGUGAGGUGGCCUAGUUGGGCACCAGUGACAAGCACUGCCGCGCGACCAAUCGCGCGUUUGAAAUCAGUUGACUAGACUUGCUGCACUGGUCAGCGCCAGGUGCUCCCCGCAUGUUGAGGUAGAGGAGGCAAGAGAAUUGCGAGCUCAAGGCAGGCUCUGCGCGGGUUACCAGUGGCGAGGAUAGAGCUCUUCAGUCAGCCGCGGCAGAAGCACAGAGGACAGAAAAAAACAGCUCCUGAAGAGAAUAAAACUUGUCCUCUCUGAAUAGAGACGUCGCUUUUGGAGGAAGAGGACAACCCUGACCAUCCUCUGGCCCCCUUCUGAAACACACACACACACUCACACUAACCGUGGACCGCAGCUCUACCAGCCACUACCAGCCUGUACAGGGAGGACACUGAUGCCCAUGACCAUUGGUUGUUGAUGUCACACCCCACACCUACCCUCCAGGCCCUCCUCAAGAACCCUGCCUCUCCUCUAAGAGCAGUGUGACCAGACAGAGAGAGCGGACAGCAUGGCUCUAAGCCCCCUCCCCUGGCCCCCGCUGGCAUGGCUGUGUGUAGGGCUGCUGUUGCCCCUGCUGCCCCUGGUGCGGGGCGGGGAGUGCCCACGGCUGUGCGUGUGUGAGGUGCGACCCUGGUUCACCCCUCAGUCCACCUACAGGGAGGCAGCCACAGUGGACUGCAAUGACCUGCGGCUGACACGCAUCCCCUCCAACCUGUCCUUUGACACCCAGGUGUUGCUGCUCCAGAGCAACUCCAUCGCCCACACCAGUGGGGAGCUAGAAGCCCUGUUCAACCUGACGGAGCUGGACCUGUCCCAGAACAACUUCAGCAGUGUGGAGGCCGUGGGCCUUGCCAACAUUAACCUGCUCACCACCCUGCACCUGGAGGAGAACCUGAUCAGCCAGCUGCCCGACCACUGCCUACAGGACCUCAGCAACCUGCAGGAGCUCUACAUCAACCACAACCAGAUCAGCUCCAUCGCCCCAGGAGCCUUCUCUGGCCUGCGCAGCCUGCUGCGCCUCCACCUCAACUCCAACAGGCUCCGGGUCAUCGACAGCCGCUGGUUCGAGGCCACACCCAACCUGGAGAUCCUGAUGAUCGGCGAUAACCCCGUCAUUGGUAUCUUGGACAUGAACUUCAAGCCCCUGGGGAGCCUGAGGAGCCUGGUUCUGGCUGGCAUGGACCUCACCGACAUUCCCGGGAAUGCUCUGAUGGGUCUGGAUAAUCUGGAGAGCCUGUCCUUCUACGACAACAAGCUGGUCCGAGUGCCCCAGCUGGCCCUGCAGAAAGUGGCCAACCUGAAGUUCCUGGACCUGAACAAGAACCCGGUGCACAAGAUCCAGGAGGGGGACUUCAGGAACAUGCUGCAUCUGAAGGAGCUUGGCAUCAACAACAUGGCUGAGCUGGUGUCCAUCGACCGCUACGCCCUGGACAACCUGCCUGAGCUGACCAAGCUGGAGGGCACCAACAACCCCAAGCUGUCCUAUAUCCACCGGACGGCCUUCAGGGACGUGUCCUCCUUGGAGAGCCUGAUGCUCAACAACAACGCCCUCAACGCCAUCUACCAGUGCACCGUGGAGGCGCUGCCCAACCUGCGCGAGAUCAGCCUGCACAGUAACCCGCUGCGCUGCGACUGCGUCAUCCAGUGGAUGAGCUCUAACAGGACCAGUGUGCGCUUCAUGGAGCCCCUGGCCAUGCUGUGUAGCUCACCACCCGAGCUCCGGGGCCAGCGGGUCAGAGAGGUGAGGCUGCUGGACUCACCAGAGCAGUGCCUGCCCCUCAUCUCCCACAACACCUUCCCCAGCCACCUGAGCCUAGAGCUGGGCAUGAGUGUCAGCCUGGACUGCCGGGCCAUGGCUGAGCCCGAGCCAGAAAUCUACUGGGUGUCUCCUAUGGGGAGCAAGAUCACAGUGGACACGGUGUCGGAGCUGUACCACCUGAGCAGUGAGGGCACCCUGCGGCUGUCCCACGUCCAGGUGGAGGACUCGGGCCGCUACACCUGCGUGGCCCAGAACACAGAGGGGGCUGACACACGCGUCACCACCAUCCGCGUCAAUGGCACCCUGCUGGACAGCGUCGAGGUGAUGAAGAUCUACGUCAAGCAGACCGAGUCCCACUCCAUCCUGGUCUCCUGGAAGAUCAACUCCAACGUCAUGACCUCCAACCUUAAGUGGGCCUCGGCCACCAUGAAGAUCGACAAUCCCCACAUCACCUACACUGCACGCGUGCCUGUCGACGUACAAGAAUACAACCUGACCCACCUGCAGCCGGGCACUGAGUAUGAGGUGUGCCUCACCGUCUCCAACAUCCACCUACAGACCCACAAGUCGUGUGUUAACGUGACCACGCGCAGCAUCACCUUCACCCUGGACGUGUCGGACCAGAGGCCCAGCGCCGCCCUGCUAGUCGUCAUGGCCACCAUGCUGGCCUUUCUCAGCCUGGCCACCAUGGGGGUGUACGUGGCCCGCCGCUGGAAGAGGAAGAACUAUCACCACUCCCUGAAGAAGUACAUGCAGAAGACCUCAUCCAUCCCCCUCAAUGAGCUCUACCCGCCCCUCAUUAACCUGUGGGAGGCGGACAGUGAGAAGGACAAGGAGGGCGGGGCAGAGAGCAAGCCCUCCCCCGUGGACACCACACGCAGCUACUACAUGUGGUGAGGGGGCCCGGCCCAGUCCGCCCCUCCCCCAGCACACACAGACACACUUUUGCAAUUUUGGGGGCAAAAAUCUGAUAGUUGCAAAUGUUUUUAUUUUUAGCUUUGCUAAUACGUAACAGAGUGAUAAGGACAGGAUUUGUAUUAGUAUAGCUUAUCGCCUUUGUUUGACUAUUUUUCUCUUUUAUCGUUUGGACUAUUCCAAGAUGGCAGCUGUGUCUAGCUUCUAGGUUGUCUUAGUUGCUGUGCUUUAUUACUGUGGUGCAUUUUUAAUAGCACAGCCUUUUGGCUUGUUGCCAUGGACUCACUUUUUCAGGGUCGGUGAUGCAGCAACAGGGACUACUAGUCUAGGUAAAGGUUACCCUGGCAGUGUUGGUAGAGAUCACACUGUUUUUUCUCUCUAUUGUAAAACAGUUAAUCUGUUGUGCACUGAAAUGUAAAGGAGUUUGUAUGGACUUCAAUUAAAAGCUGACUAAGGGGAUUAGACUUGUUAAACUGUCUACUGAAUAACGUUAGCGAUUGUACGGUAAUGUUGUAUCAACUAUCAUUUGAAACUAUUUUUCAAUUUUAAUUGGGGAAAAAAAAGGAAUUAGUUUGCUUAUAAACGUUCUGUAAAGCACUAGAAAUGUGAAUGUUUGAUAACAUACAGUUACUAGGUACAGUAGUAGCUUUUUUAUUUCCUCUGAAUUAUUUCUUUCUUAUCUGCUAGAAUCUGUCGCUGACCACUUACUUUUGUUGUGAUUUCAACACACAAAAUGUUGUAUAUGAGGAAGAAGUUGAAAUAAAUACAAUUUUGAUCUUUUUAUAUAAAUAAUGUGUCUCAGUCAGUUGUUGUACAUUUAUUUCAGCAGUUUGAUUAAUUAUAGUCCUUCAAUCGCUAUAAAUCAUAAUGGGGCACCAUGACCUUUGAUCUCUGUUUGACCUCUGAUCUCUUGGCUCUGGUUAUUUUUCCAUGUGGACGUGGUUCCACUUCACAUCCAAUGUGCUACAGCAGAACAUAAGCAGUAUCUCAACAUGGAGCUUCACGGCUCAGACUCACACUGUGCAGCAGAGCCCACUCCCCUGAGUCUAAUCAGCCGUACAGAGAGCACAGAUCCUGUCGGCUUAACCCCCCUCUCAGUCUGCUCUGUUCUACAUGUGUCUCUGUGUUUGUGUGUGUGUGUGCGUGAGUGCAUGUGUGCACGCUAUAUCAGAGUGGGAGAGAAUAACUUUAUUCCACCAUAUUACCACAUUACCACAUCAUCAAUCAGUGCUUCAGGAAUCAGUGAAGGAACUGGGGUAAUAUCGUACAACAUUCCACCUUCACGCCACAUGACACAGGAAAAUAUGGUUAACAUGAGACAACAGAUGGUGUAUAUACUGUUCCCUCCUGAUCCGACCAAAUCAUUCCUCUCACAAAGCUCACAUUACAAACAUGCUGAGAGAAACUGCUAUGAAUCUGCAAGGGGAGAGGGGUGCAGAGGAACAGGAUCUCUCAAAGAGGAUAGUAAUAUACCUGUGGAGAGGGCAUGAGAGGAGGGGACUGGUCUGAAGAUGGAUAUGACCAGAUGGAGGGUAGUAGGAGGUUGUGGAUGUUCUGGGUGGCUGAUGUGUGCCUGCGUCUUAUACAUUAGCGGAGUGCCAUCAAUCCCCUUCUGUCUGUUUAGAAUGGUGUCUUAUUGCUCUGUGAGCUGCAUACAGGCAGUUGAUUAGGAGACCGUGUUAACCAAGGGGUUAUGACUUGAUUGUGUGAGAAUAAUAGUCAAUACUAUGCUGUAAAGGAUCUAAAUGAAAAAGACCAGUGCAGCUCAUCUUGGUAAUAUUUUUAAUCCAUGUAUCAAAUGUAUUUGUGAGUCUGUGCUGCCUUCUAGUGGGUGCUAUAAUAAAGCUCUUGUGACCACUAACAUUUA